AUGGUGCUUUGGUCGUAUCCACCGACGAAAAAUCAACUACUGGUGACGGUGGGGUUGGCAAUCGCCGGUGCUUCACUGAUAGCAUAUGGAGCUCAUCUCUCCCUUGUCAAUGUAGCGCCUCAACAAGCUCGAGCUAAAGCCCGCAAGGAUUAUAUCAAAGACCGCCUUCGAAAGAUGCUCGACGAUUGAUCCCACUGAUUUAUUAUUAUUUGUCUCUCCGUUUUCUUUAUCGACGGCACACUUCAGGCAUCAUUUUUUAUUGUCUUGUAAGGACGGCUGAUUUUAGGGUUUGAAUUUGUGUAUGGAAAGUUAGGAAGCUGAAUGGGUAGUACUGGACUAGUACUUAAUUGGUGCCAUUAUAUUUUUCUUCUUUUUGGAUA